GCAUCCUUAAAAUCCCAAACCCAAACCCCUCACCGCUCCUUUUCAAGUUUCAACCAAUGCCUCAAGUCAUCGUCCGUCCGCACCGCCCCCCGCGCCGCGCCGUCGGAGAGGUGGCGGGUGGCGCCGCGGCCGAUUGCACCGCCGUGGCAUGCUGCUGCCCCUGCACGGUCCUCAACAUCCUCGUCCUCGCCGUCUACAAGCUCCCCAAGGGCCUCGUCCUGAAGGCCGCGCGCAAGCGACGACGCCGUUUGACCAAAAACAAUAACAAAAACAUAAACGACGUCGUCCUGCUCCAGCCCCACCGCUGCAGCACCGACAUCACCUUCGGCUCCGCGCGUCUCGAGGAGUUUCUCAAGAGCGACAAGGCCCACGACCAGGACGAGUACGUCCAGGGCCUCGAGAAGGAGAUGUGGGCCCGCUUCGCCGCUACCGGUUUCUGGCGCAGCGAAUCCCAGCGUCUACCCUAACCAAUCACACUUCCACGUUACGCUUUUCCAAUGGGACAUCAUUUUUUUUAAUUUGUAAUUAUUUUUCUAAAACAUCACAUACAUAUAUAUAACAACUAUCUAUCUAUCUCACAAUCCUCGUUUAAACUCCGCUAAUGUUUAAUUAUGUGGAGAAACAUUGUA